UGGCUCUGGAGCUAGCAGAGAGUCCCGGCACUCAGCACACUGGCUACCACGGAGCAGAAUGGCGCUACAAGUAGAGCUGAUACCCACCGGGGAGAUCAUCCGUGUGGUUCAUCCCCACAGGCCCUGCAAGCUUGCUCUGGGCAGUGACGGAGUACGGGUAACCAUGGAGAGCGCACUGACAGCCCGAGACCGGGUGGGGGUCCAGGAUUUUGUGCUGCUGGAGAACUUUACCAGCGAGGCAGCCUUCAUCGAGAACCUGAGGCGCCGGUUCCGGGAGAACCUCAUUUAUACCUACAUUGGCCCAGUCCUGGUGUCAGUCAAUCCCUAUCGGGACCUGCAGAUAUACAGCCGUCAGCACAUGGAGCGCUACCGAGGGGUCAGCUUCUACGAGGUGCCCCCCCACCUGUUUGCGGUGGCUGACACUGUUUACCGGGCUCUGCGCACAGAGCGCCGGGACCAAGCGGUGAUGAUCUCUGGGGAGAGUGGUGCAGGCAAGACAGAGGCCACCAAGCGCCUGCUACAGUUCUAUGCUGAGACCUGCCCGGCCCCUGAGCGUGGAGGUGCGGUGCGGGACAGGCUGCUGCAGAGCAACCCAGUGCUGGAGGCCUUUGGAAAUGCUAAGACCCUCCGGAAUGAUAACUCCAGCAGGUUUGGCAAGUACAUGGACGUGCAGUUUGACUUUAAGGGGGCCCCUGUGGGUGGCCACAUCCUCAGUUACCUUCUGGAGAAGUCCCGUGUGGUACAUCAGAAUCAUGGCGAGAGGAACUUCCACAUCUUCUACCAGCUGCUGGAAGGGGGUGAAGAGGAGACCCUGCGUAGGCUGGGCUUAGAGCGGAACCCCCAGAGCUACCUGUAUCUGGUCAAGGGCCAGUGUGCCAAGGUCUCCUCCAUCAACGACAGGAGUGACUGGAAGGUGGUCAGGAAGGCUCUGUCGGUCAUUGACUUCACUGAGGACGAAGUGGAGGAUCUGCUAAGCAUUGUAGCCAGUGUCUUACACCUGGGCAACCUCCACUUUGCUGCUGACGAAGAGAGCAAUGCCCAGGUCACCACUGAGAACCAACUCAAGUAUCUUACCAGGCUCCUCGGAGUGGAAGGCUCCACACUUCGGGAAGCACUGACGCACAGGAAGAUCAUCGCCAAGGGAGAAGAGCUCCUGAGUCCACUAAACCUGGAACAGGCUGCAUACGCGCGAGACGCCCUUGCCAAGGCCGUGUACAGUCGCACUUUCACCUGGCUGGUCGGAAAGAUCAACAGGUCAUUGGCCUCCAAGGACGCAGAGAACCCUGGUUGGAGAAGCACCACAGUCCUUGGGCUCCUGGACAUUUAUGGCUUUGAAGUGUUUCAGCACAACAGCUUUGAGCAGUUCUGCAUCAAUUACUGCAACGAAAAGCUGCAACAGCUCUUCAUUGAGCUCACCCUCAAGUCCGAACAGGAGGAAUAUGAGGCAGAGGGCAUUGCGUGGGAACCUGUCCAGUAUUUCAACAACAAAAUCAUCUGCGACCUGGUGGAGGAGAAGUUCAAAGGCAUCAUAUCCAUUUUGGACGAGGAGUGUCUGCGCCCUGGGGAGGCCACGGAUUUGACCUUCCUGGAGAAGCUGGAGGACACGAUCAAGCACCACCCACACUUCCUGACACAUAAGCUGGCUGACCAGCGGACAAGGAAAUCUCUGGAUCGCGGGGAGUUCCGCCUUUUGCACUAUGCUGGGGAGGUGACCUACAGCGUGAGUGGGUUUCUAGAUAAGAACAAUGACCUUCUCUUUCGGAACUUGAAGGAGGUUAUGUGCAGCUCUGAGAACCCCAUCAUGAGCCAGUGUUUUGACCGGAGCGAGCUCAGUGACAAGAAGAGGCCAGAAACGGUUGCCACCCAGUUCAAGAUGAGCCUGCUGCAGCUGGUGGAGAUCCUGAGGUCCAAGGAGCCCGCCUACAUCCGCUGCAUCAAGCCCAAUGACGCCAAACAGCCGGGCCGCUUUGAUGAGGUGCUGAUUCGGCACCAGGUGAAAUACCUGGGGCUGAUGGAGAACCUGCGCGUGCGCAGAGCCGGUUUUGCCUACCGCCGCAAAUACGAGGCCUUCCUGAAGAGGUACAAGUCACUGUGCCCAGAAACAUGGCCCAUAUGGGCAGGACGGCCCCAGGAUGGGGUGACUGUGCUGGUCAAGCACCUCGGCUACAAGCCAGAAGAGUACAAGAUGGGCCGGACCAAGAUCUUCAUCCGGUUCCCCAAGACCCUGUUUGCCACAGAGGAUGCCCUGGAAGUCCGGCGGCAAAGCCUGGCCACGAUGAUCCAGGCCAGCUGGAAGGGGUAUCACUGGCGGCAGAAAUUCCUCCGAGUAAAACGAUCAGCUGUCUGCAUCCAGUCCUGGUGGCGGGGCACGCUGGGCCGGAGGAAGGCAGCCAAGAGGAAGUGGGCAGCCCAGACCAUCAGAAAACUCAUCCGUGGUUUCAUCCUUCGUCACGCACCCCGUUGCCCUGAGAAUGCCUUCUUCCUGGACUAUGUGCGCACCUCUUUUUUGCUCAACCUGCGGCGGCAGCUUCCACGGAAUGUCCUGGACACUUCUUGGCCCACUCCCCCACCUGCCCUGCAUGAGGCCUCAGAGCUUCUUCGAGAACUGUGCCUGAAGAACAUGGUAUGGAAGUAUUGCCGGAGCAUCAGCCCUGAGUGGAAGCUGCAGCUUCAGCAAAAAGCCGUUGCUAGCGAGAUCUUCAAGGGCAAAAAGGACAAUUACCCCCAGAGUGUGCCCAGGCUCUUCAUCAGCACACGGCUUGGUACAGAUGAGAUCAGCCCCAAAGUGCUACAAGUCCUGGGCUCUGAGCCCAUCCAGUAUGCAGUGCCGGUUGUCAAGUAUGACCGCAAGGGCUACAAGCCCCGCUCCCGCCAGCUGCUGCUGACGCCCAGUGCUGUGGUCAUCGUGGAGGACGCCAAGGUCAAGCAAAGGAUUGAGUACGCCAACCUGACAGGAAUCUCCGUCAGCAGCCUGAGUGACAGCCUCUUUGUGCUGCAUGUGCAGCGUGAGGACAACAAGCAGAAGGGGGAUGUGGUACUACAGAGUGACCAUGUGAUUGAGACGCUAACCAAGACAGCCCUGAGUGCUGACCGAGUGAACAGUGUCAACAUCAACCAGGGCAGCAUCACGUUCGCAGGGGGUCCAGGCAGGGAUGGCACCAUUGACUUCACACCAGGCUCCGAGCUGCUCAUCACCAAAGCCAAGAAUGGGCACCUGGCUGUGGUGGCCCCACGGCUGAACUCUCGGUGAUGAUGGUGCCCACUGGACUCCUCACUCCUCCCAAUGCUUUGCUUAUCUCUUCUUCCCCUUCCCAGUUACCAAAGACUUGAGCUUCCAGACAGGAAACUAGGCAUACCUUGAUGCCUGCUGGCCACCUCCUGCCUCCUGCUCAGCUAAGUCCAAGAGCAGAGAGGCUGGGAGCUGCCCCCGCCCCAGGAAGGGGGGAAGGCCAGGUCACAGCAAUAGGAAAGCUGGGGCUGAACCAGCCAUGUCAGCCCCACUGCCAAUGCCAAAUAUCUGGGAGAAGAGAACUUUAGCUGAUGUUUUCUCUGAGAUUUUUUGAUGCUUUAUAGGAAACUAUUUUUUAAAAGAAAAAGCCAUCUUCCCCACCCUAAGACACACUGGAUGUGUUUUCCCUGACUCCAGUGGGGCAGGGAAUGUAGCUAAGAGGCUGGGUGAUCUGGGAUCUGAUGCCCUCUCCUCUACCCGGAACCACCCCCCCUUGACACCUUGUCUGUCUGCCUCGCUUGCCUGCCCACCAGCGUCCUUGGCAGCCCACUUCGACUCUCCUGGAAGCUGGGACUGCACUUGGCAGCCUCCGCCUUCCUGCCUUAAGAAUCUUAUCACACGGUGCAACCUGAGUGGGCCCAGAGUGAGGGAAAGAAUUUUGCAGUAGAACCUGAAAGUUGCACAGAUUGGCCAGUCUGGCCUCUUGGAGCAGAGACAGAGGCUUGGAGGGGAAAGAUUCACCCUAGAUUCCCUAGAACAUGGGUAUAAAGCAGGAACUUCUUGUGCUCAGCAUCUCUCACUGCCUUCAAAGGACAAGGAGCCCCAGGAAAUACCUUCAUAUCCUAAGGAUUCAUAUGGCUCCCUAACCAGCAAUCAUCCUUGGGGGCCACCAGGUAGGAGGAAGACUUCUACCUGAGAGUUUAUGCCUAAGGAGGACCAAUGCCCCACUCUGCCGUGCUGGCCCUGGUUUCAGAGACAGACACAGGGCUCUAUUGAAUGGUGGGUUGUUCAGCCUCUACCAACAGGGUCCUGCCAGGGUCCCCCUGUCCUGAGAACAGAGGGAAGGGACAGGCCUGGGAAGGAGCUGCAGGAGUAUCACCUCUUUCUGCUGCUUCCCUCACCUACCUGGAGGGCCUGGGGCUGCCCACUGCCCUCUGUCCCCUCCCAAGGGGCUCAGCCCACUGCUGACACUUCUGCGAUUCAGAGAAACACUAAAUAAAGCAAUAUGUGUUUGCCAAA